CCACUUACCCAUAGAAGUCUUCCAUGACAACUGAGGGGAAACACAUUGAGAGUAAUUUUAUUUCGAGGAAGAGAUGCAGCAGGAUCAGGGAGAAAUCCUGGUAUCUCUGGGCAAGGGCUUUAAGGUGGCGGUGAAAAGACAAAAUUUUUAGCUUUUCUGUGCCUUUAAUAAAUUCUUACUGAAUCUGAAAGUUUGGUUGGACCACUGCCUGAGGAUCUGUCUCUUCUCAGGGGUCCUCAGAAAAGUGCAUUAGAAACCUCCGAUUGAGGACGUGCGCGGCCCCGCCUCCAGCCUCAGUCCUUCAGCCAGGCCGCAGGAUCACGGCGCAGCCGCCAGGGGGUGCAGACUCCGGGUCCAUCAGCGAGUCUUGGGGCGGGGCCAACGGCGGGGCGGGCCCUGGCUCGGCUUCCGGUUUCCGGCGCAGCCAUCGGUCGAUGAGCGCAGCCGUCAUGGCAGCGGAGGAGAAAGAUCCUCUGAGCUAUUUCGCGGCUUAUGGGAGCAGCAGCUCAGGCUCCUCAGACGAGGAGGAUAACAGCGAGCCGGAGGAGACAAGUCGUAAGGCCCCGGAUCCGGCGAAGUCGGCGGGCGGCUGUGGGAACAAGGCGGAGAAGCGGCUGCCUGGACCCGACGAGCUGUUCCGGAGCGUGACUCGCCCGGCCUUUCUCUACAAUCCGCUCAACAAACAGAUAGACUGGGAGAGGCACGUCGUCAAGGCGCCAGAGGAGCCUCCGAAGGAAUUCAAAAUAUGGAAGUCAAACUAUGUACCACCUCCGGAGACCUACUCUACUGAGAAGAAACCUCCCCCUCCAGAGCUGGAUAUGGCAAUAAAAUGGUCUAACAUAUAUGAGGACAAUGGUGAUGAUGCCCCACAGAAUGCUAAGAAAGCUAGGCUUCUCCCAGAAGGGGAGGAGACAGUGGAAUCAGAUGAUGAAAAAGAAGAGCAUACUUCUAAAAAGCGCAAAAUAGAACUGGGAGAACCAACAAAGAAGAAAAAAUAGAAAACAAAUGAUGAGAAUUUUUGGACUGAAACUGUUGAAAUGAGUUUUUUUGGCAGAUUAAUGAUAUUGUAAAUUAUUAUGAAACAACAUCUCCAUGAAAGUAUGUGUUAAUUAAAUAAUGAGUAUUGGUGUGGGAACCUUCCACUGUAGAAUUCAUUUUUUAUUUAAAACUUACAUGUAUUUAAAACUCAAAUGGUGACUUGUGAUUGUGAAAUUGACAACACUUGGAAGCAUUCUUGCUACCACAGAAUUGGUGACAUGCUUUGAGUUUCAUCCCAUGUUGACAUGCCAAUGUUCUAUGAACCUUUUAUAAAGGAGUAUAUUUUUAAAGUAAAUAUAUUGUACUGUGAACCUUUAGGGUGCUUUUCAGCAGUGUUUGUACAGUGUAAAUAGAUCAUGGAAAUAAAAUUACCAAUAUUAC